AUGGCUUCAAAAAGUAAAUUCCUUCAUAUUUCAUUGGCAUUGGUUUUAUGCAUGGGAUUGUGGGGUUUUCGAGUCACAUCUCAUACUCUUCAAGAUGCCUCCAUAUAUGAGAUGCAUCAACGAUGGAUGGUUCGUUUUGGCAAAAUCUACGAAGACUCCCAAGAAGGAGAAAAACGCUUUAAGAUAUUUAAGGACAAUGUGAAUUACAUUGAAGCUUUCAAUGAUGCUGCCAAUAAACCUUACAAGCUUGGCAUUAAUCAAUUUUCUGAUCUCACCAAUGAGGAGUUCAUAGCAUCAAGAAAUGGAUUCAAGGGGAACAUGCUUUCCUCAACCAAAAGAACAACCUCUUUUAAGUAUGAAAAUGUGAGUGCAGUUCCAUCCUCAAUAGAUUGGAGACAAAAAGGAGCAGUGACACCCAUCAAGGACCAACACAGAUGUUUAUGUUGUUGGGCAUUUUCUGCUGUAGCAGCAACGGAAGGACUCCACAAGUUGAGUACUGGAAAUUUGAUAUCUUUAUCUGAACAAGAACUUGUUGAUUGUGAUAAUGUGGACCAUGGUUGUGAGGGUGGUUUUAUGGACAGUGCUUUCAAAUUCAUAAUGCAAAAUAAUGGACUCAAAACUGAAUCAAAUUAUCCCUAUCAGGGUUUUGGUGGAACAUGCAAUGCAACUCAAGGCAACAAAGCAGCUACUAUUAGUGGCUAUGAGGAUGUCCCUCCGAACAAUGAGAAGGCACUGCAAAAAGCUGUGGCUAAUCAACCAGUUUCUGUAGCCAUUGAUUCCAAAGGUUCUGAUUUUCAAUUUUACAGAAGUGGUGUUUUCAGUGGUUCAUGUGGAACUCUGUUGGAUCAUGGUGUCACUGCGGUGGGUUAUGGUGUUAGCGAUGAUGGAACUGAGUAUUGGUUGAUUAAGAAUUCAUGGGGAACCCAAUGGGGUGAAGAAGGCUACAUUAGGAUGCAACGGAAUGUGAAUGCUCCCCAAGGAAUGUGUGGCAUUACAAUGCUGGCAUCUUACCCAACUGCAUAA